GGCGGAUCGGCGGAGAUUUUCGGAUUACAUUAUGCCUAUAGUACUCGAUGUAAAUCACGGCUACUACUACUUUCUUCUUCCCGACAUAGCAUUAUUAGACCACGAUUCUAGUUCGACGCUGUAAGUAUAACUUUAAGAUAUUGAAAAAUCCAGCAGCAGCACCAGCGCGUCGUCGAUAUAGAAGAAGUUCUCAUACCCCAGAAAUGAGUAUCAUCAUGAUCAUGAUAUCUUCUUUGAUGUCGUAGUCGUACUAUUAUACACUUUUACAUUUUUGGCUCUAAGCAGAAAGCGAAGCUGGGAAGGCGCUGAACGGAAGUCGCGUGAAGGUUUUCAAUAUUGUCGGUGACGGAAGGGUGCAAGUCAAAAUCAACGGCAAGGAUUUGAAGAAGAUCAUCAAGGUGGAAAAUUUGAAAGAGGUCACGAGCAGUUGUGAACAAGUUGUAAACAGCAAGGUCAUGGUGGCUACUUCCUCUGCAGCGUCAGACAUCAAAAGUAGUAGUGAACUGUCAAUCGGCG